AUGGGUCGUUGAGUGGUAUGAGCAGAAAGGCAGGCUGUUCGACACAGCGGUAAUUUUAUUUAUCACAAACCAGCACAAACAACCACAAAUUGACCAUUGCACAUCAGCGCAGCACAAGGUGAGUGCUAGCAAGGAUGACGAUGCCGCAUGUAGGGGCAGUGUUUGCAACAAUAGCAGGAGUGAUGGCCAUCAUGUUGCACUCCUCCAUUCACAAGAUAGAGGAAGGACACCUCGCUGUGUACUACAGGGGUGGGGCAUUGCUGACUUCUCCCAACGGUCCUGGAUAUCACAUUAUGCUGCCUUUCAUUACCACCUACAGAUCAGUGCAGACUACUCUCCAAACUGAUGAGAUCAAGAAUGUGCCUUGUGGAACGAGUGGUGGUGUGAUGAUCUAUUUUGACAGAAUAGAGGUUGUUAACAUGCUGGUCCCUUCAGCAGUGGUCGACAUUGUGAGGAACUACACUGCAGAUUAUGACAAAACUCUAAUUUUCAACAAGAUUCACCACGAACUUAACCAGUUCUGCAGCGUCCACACGCUACAGGAGGUCUACAUUGAGUUGUUUGACAUCAUAGAUGAGAACCUGAAGACUGCGUUGCAGAAAGAUCUGAAUGUUAUGGCACCUGGACUUACAAUACAGGCAGUGCGUGUUACCAAGCCAAAGAUCCCUGAGGCUAUCAGGAGGAACUUUGAACUCAUGGAAGCAGAGAAGACUCGUCUGUUGAUAACAGCUCAGACUCAGAAGGUGGUCGAAAAGGAAGCAGAGACUGAAAGGAAGAAGGCCAUUAUUGAGGCUCAGAAAGUGGCUCAGGUAGCAGAGAUCCAUUUCCAGCAGAAGGUGAUGGAGAAAGAGACGGAGAAAAAGAUCUCUGAAAUAGAGGACUCUGCCUUCCUGGCCAGGGAGAAGGCUAAGGCUGACGCAGAGUAUUACACUGCUGCCAAGUUUGCUGAAGCAAACAUGAUGAAGUUAACCCCAGAGUACCUGGAGCUGAUGAAGUACCAGGCCAUAGCAGGUAACAGUAAGAUCUACUUUGGCCAGGACAUCCCUAACAUGUUUGUAGAGGGAACCAACAGUCCGCCUAAGACCGUGCACUCCCCUGAUCUGCCCAACGUUGAAACGGACAAGAAAAGAAGAAAGCUAGACGGGCAGUGAGUCCACAGAUGUGCCUCUGCACAGGACAGGAGGACCCGAUGAGCACUUGUCUGUGGAGUGGAGAGCACUGAACUGAAGGUGAUGGGAGGGAUAGCUUUGCAGCUAGUUUGAUGAACAGCACACUUCAGUCUUAAAUCUAAAUGGCAAAGAAAGAGUGGGGAAAAUGUAAGAUGAAAGACAAGAGAAAGUGAGAGGUAAGAAGGGCAAAAUAAGAAGGGAAAGUAUUUUUUCACCUUCCACUCUUUGGGAAAAGACCAGUUCUGGGAAUCAUGAUGCCAUAGUUAAAAAUCAAAAGCAUAAUAAAUGCUUAUGCCUGGGAAGGCGACACCAAGUAAGUCGCCCUAAUUUACACAUGCUUGCAAUCAGUGCAGUGUUGAAUUUUUGCUUUUGGAUCUGCAUUAAUUUUGUUUGUUGUAUGCAAGAGGAGUGAUUUGUGAUGAAAUUGAAAAAUUAUUUUUGAGAAUUAAUUUCUGGUUUAGCGGAACUGGAAUCUGACAGGCAACACUAAUUAAAAGCAGGAUGGUUUGUGUAAGUGUGUCAUGUGGGUUAGGUCGCCUCCUACAGUGAAUCACUAGUUGGCUUUUCUCUCUUAACACGAGUCAGCCUGAGGGCUGUCGAUUCACAUCCUGUAUCCAAUGUUGUCGAUGGAUGACUUUAACAUAGUUUCAACGGGUUAAUACAGUAGUUCAAGCAUUCAUUAUAAACGUGGUUAUUGCAGCAGAGGUGUUCACUACAUGAAACCCACCUACAUUUACAGCUCACUGAAAUCAAACAUAUGAAAACUGAUCUGUGAAAGUUUUUUUUAAUGAUAGCGUUCUACAAACAAGUGGCCUGACUUUGUUAAAUUUUCACCUGAGCCUGUUUAAGGUAGAUUUUACUCUACAUGUACUGAAGUCUUUGAAGUUGCACGCCUGUCACCAUGUGUUCAUAAGUAAGUUAAUAUACAGUGGUGUCAGAUUGGUUGUAGUGUAGUUUAUUUUAUGUUAAUUUGGUGACAGUUUGCUGUUAUUGGUUGUGGGUGAGAAUGCAGCCACCACAGAAAGACUUGAGAAGCUGCACUAAGAUGUGCUGUGGCAUUUACUGUGAAGUCACCUGAGAAAAAAAAGUUCUAGCGCUGCUAAAAGAAAAUCUGAUUUUUCGCUGAUUAAUAACCUAAAAGAUGAUAACUGGUUAGUAAAAGGGUUGUUACACUGGAAGAAGUUAUUUUCUUUCCUCCAUCUUGUUUUUGAUGAUCAGGGCCAUGCAUGUGGAAAUUUGUAAUGGCUUGAUUCAGAUGAUUAGUAGUGCCUGCAUUUUUCUGCCAACUCUGUUCUUUUACAGCUUGUUGAGAAGUGGCUAAAUGUAAAUUCUCAGGAAAUGGACUUAUUUUAAUAAAACGGCUGCUUAGUGUUGGACAGAUCGUAUACUCUUCAGUCAAGUCAAAAUUGACAAUUUUUAAAGAAAAUUUAAGAAAAUAAAUUUAUAAGCUGUGAAGUUGUGAAAGCAUUCAAUUUGAGGGUAAUCAAAGCUUUAAUUUGAUGUCAAGUUAAAGACCAUUGUCUAAAAACCACCACUUCAAUAUUUAAGGUGACAUUUUUAUAGCACCAUCUUCACUUUAUUGCACCAUUUAUUUACAGUAGAUGUCUGUGACAUUGAAUAUUAUGAGCAUGUCGGUCUGUCGAAGUAGAAAUAAUACAAACAAAAGCUCCCUGCCACUGUCAGUGUUUACAUUUUUGUGUAAUUCACGAAUUGAUGUACUGCAAAGUUUUUCAGUCUUUGCUAAACAAUAUAACUUAAAGGAUUUUAAUGGGAACACAAGCUACAAGCAACACACAGCUCCUGAUAAUAAUAGCAGCUUACACUUGGUGAGAAUUGGUUUAACCUCUGAUUAGUUUGAGUUCCAGUGCUACACAAAAAAAAACAAAAAACUUUUUGUUCUAUUUAAAGAUGAAUGUUGAUAAUGCUUGGGCUUAAACCAGAUGCAAGUUGGUGCUAGUUUUUAUUGUUUGUUUAAGCUUUUGGAUUUUGUUCAGCUCUGUGUUUCAGAAGCAUAGAAAUACUUCCACGAUUCAGAAUUCAAGCCUUAAAUAAUAAUGGGUCACCCCAGACUGAGAGAUUAAGUGAUUCUUAUGAACUAAAAGUCUCCACUUGAACCUGGCUGUGAGGCUUAUGAAGAGCUUGGAUGUGCACAAUGUAGUGUAUAGCCUCAUUGUAGACUCUAGAGGAGAAAGACACAACCAGCAGUGGACACUAAUGGAGGAUGUUGUGAUGUUUACUUGACCUCCGGGUGGCAGUUAAAGGCUACACUCUGCGUUUGCUUCGGUGGUGGGUUCAAUUGAAGAUGCAAAAGAGGGGUAUGAAUCACUCAUGAAAAUGAUUUUUUUUUUUUUUUGUCAAUAUUUUGUACAAUCUGUGAAACUUAAACUUUGUGUCCUUGUUUUAAAAGGUUUAUAUGCAAAAAUGUUUUGAAGUUUUGACAACGUUCUAAAAUAAAACCUAUUUUGGUACCUCUC